UAGUUUUGUUAAUUGGUGUCACUUUGGUUCGCUGUUGCGUGCUGGAGUGUCUGCGGGGGAACGCAGUGAAAGUGCCCUGGGAGGUUCUCCCACCCUGAUGGAUGAACGUGCAGAGUUCGAAGAUGGUGGCAGGAUGCCCCCUUCCAAUCUUCAUCUCGAGGGGCAGUGGUACAGCACUAUUGCAGUUAAAGAAGAGCCCCAAGAGACACCGCCUUCUCCACCGAGCGAAAACAUGCAUUUGGACGACUAUGGUUGUGCAUCGACCGCUCCGCCACAUCUGGAGGAACACGGGGACAGUGCUGUUUCAGUUAAAACAGAGCAAAUUGACUGGGCUGCUCCUGAAACCUCCGAGGCCUCAUGGUAUGCGCCCUCAGGCUCCGAGUCUUUACUGCAAGUGCACAUGGAGAGACGCUGUGAGAGCAGCCCCGCGGACAUCAAGCGAGAGGCAGAUGAUGCAGGUGCCACUUUGGCCCAGAGGGAUUUUGACUGUGAAGAUUGUCAUGACCCGUCUGCUUCACACGAGCCCACAAAUGAAGUCCAGACAUCACCCGUUGUCGUAAAGCAAGAGCCGGUUGACGUGUCAUGGGAGAGCUCCAAUACUACCGAGAAAAGUGGCUCAUCCUCUUCCCGAGAACUAUUGAACCAGGGAUGGCAUGGUCGACAGGAGGAGGAGAUUGUGUACGACUGCCGCUUUUGCCCUUACUCCAGUUUCUUCAAAAGCAACGUGGCCAGGCACGAAAUGACACACACGGGAGAGCGACUCUUCCACUGCCACCUCUGUCCAAAGGCAUUCAAAAGCAAUUAUGCUUUGGAUGCUCAUGCACAUGCUCACAGGACCAAGGGACUUUUCGUAUGCUCUGCUUGCCAAAAAGUGUUUCCACAGAAGGCAAGCUUGGUUGCUCACGAAAAGAUUCACAUGCCUAACGAAUGUAACACUUGUGGCAAAAGUUUCCUGUCACGACGCUCCCUCGGGUGUCACCAAGCGGUGCAUAGGAGCAAAGAGUGCUUUAAAUGUCCUGCAUGCCAUAAAACAUUUAAGUGGAAGAUUAAUCUGAAGAAGCACACCCGUUUCAAUCUUUGCACUUCUAUGAAUGAAAAACCUUUCACGUGCCCCGUCUGCCCAAAAGCAUUUAAAAAAAAAAAGCUGUUGACUGCUCAUAAAAUGGUUCACAUGGAUGAAAGGCCCUUCAAAUGCCCUACCUGCCCUAGAGCAUUUAAAAUGAAGUACCUCUUGACUUUUCAUGAAAAGAGUGCCCACGCAGAUGAAAAACCCUUUAAAUGCCCAACCUGCCCUAAAGCAUUUCGAAUGAAGUUCCAAUUGACUUCUCAUGAAAAGAUGACCCAUACAGACGAAAGGCCCUUGAAAUGUCACUCGAACGAAAGACCCUUUAAGUGCCCCACCUGCUCUAAAGCAUUUUUAAGAAAGUGGGAUUUAACUGCUCACGUAAGAACUCACAGAGAUGAAUGCAUCUUUAAAUGCCCAACCUGCCAUGAAACGUUUAGAAAAAAGUGGCGGUUAUAUGCUGAUCGAGUGGAUCACACUGAUUUAAAGCUCUUUAAAUGUCCCGCUUGCCCUAAAAUAUUCCUGACAAAGGGUCACUUAACUAAUCACGAAAGCACUCACACCAAUAAAUUUCCCUUUGAGAGUCUCGGCAGCCCCAAUACACUUCGAACAGAGAGUCACCUUUUAGAUCACGAAUACACACUCAUGAAUGGAAUUUCCUUUAAAUGUCCCACCUGCCAUAAAGAAUUUUAUACGAAGGGUCAGUUGACUUCUCAUGUCUCAAAUCACAAAAGUAAAAACUUUUUUAUAUGCCCCACCUGCCCUAAAGUACAAAAAGUUGCAUUUUCAUAGAUGUGGGCUCACAGUUAUGAAAGGCUCUUGAAAUGCCCCAUCUGCACUCAAAUAUUUUUAACACAGAGUAUCUUAACUGAUCAAGAAAGGACUCGCACAAGGGACACUGUUUUGUGAAGCAUUGUGUACGUAUUUAUAUUUAUGAAGUACAAGGGAUGUACUGCUACAUCAGUUAGUGACGCACGUUGGUCUGAGGCCACGCACUCACUACCUGUGGGGCGGUGCACAGAGCAGAGCUCUACAAUUCCAGCAACUAGAAGACAUAUUACAAGCUCUAGGGGUUCCCCAGCAUCGGUCAGCAAGGAAGAGAUGGCAUUCUUUUUUUCCAAAUCGUUUACACUUCUGCAUAACCGCCUGAUAGAUGCAAGUUAUUGAAUUGUGAUUGCCUUUGAAAGGCAUUUUGUGAAACCUGUACAAAACUGAAAGAUGGAAAGAAACAAUACACUCUUAUCAAGCGCG